AUGAGUUACUUAUUGGAUACAAUUGAUUAUAAUGAAGUUCGUGAAGCAAUCAAGAAACUUAUUCCAGUGAAGGGCGGCAAUGAUAAGGAUACUCUCGCCCCUCUAUUUGUACGUUUAGCAUGGCAUGCCUCUGGAACUUUUGAUAAAAUAACUAAGACUGGUGGUUCUAAUGGUGCCACUAUGCGAUGUCCUAAAGAAGCUAAUGACCCUGCUAAUAACGGUUUAGAGUUAGCAAGAGAGAAACUAGAAUCAAUCAAACAACAAUUUCCUGAAGUAUCUUACGCAGAUAUUUGGACUCUAGCAGGAGUUGUUGCUAUAAAAGCAAUGAAGGGACCAGAGGUACUAUGGACUCCUGGCCGCAAAGAUAUAGAUAUACAAACUCAAGAGUCGUUAGUCCCAGACCCUGGUCGUUUACCUGAUGCUGACAAAGGUGCAGAUCAUAUAGAAUCUGUUUUCUCUAGAAUGGGUUUCAAUAACCGUGAAAUCGUCGCUUUGUUAGGCGCACAUUCACUUGGUCAUUGUCAUCCAGAAACAUCGGGUUAUAAGGGUAGGUGGACACAUUCUCCAACGACUUUUACAAAUAUGUUUUUUAGACAUUUAUUAAAACCGGGUUGGCAAGAAACGACAGUUGAGUCUAGUGGAGCUCUUCAGUACGAAGCAGGGGGGCUCAUGAUGUUACCAUCUGAUAUGGCAUUACUUGACGAUAGAUUUAGAGGAUAUGUUGAAGAAUUUGCAAAUAAUGAAGGAGAAUUCUUUACUCAAUUUGCUGCAGCUUUUAAAAAACUAUUGGAACUUGGUUUUAUUGACUCGGGUAGGAAGGCCAAAUUAUAA